CAGAGAGGCUGGAGGCGAGUGGGGGAGCAAGGAGACGCAGUAAUUUUUUCCUCUGGUCCUGAGGGGUCUCCUUCUCUAUAUAAGGCACUCUGCCUGCUCAGAAGUUACACAGUUCCUAUGCGUCAGGAACAGCGCCAACAGGCAGCAGCAACAGCGGAGCCGCUCACUACGGAUUAACAUACACCUACCCAGAGCGCACCAAACCGGCUCCGACCAAUCCAACCAUCUGGAUAACAACACACAGAUCAAGGUUGUGUCCAGGACACCUCAGAGCAGCACUCACAUAAAACACUCCUGUGUCUACUGAAGCCUGGACGUCUGCCUCAGAGUCAGGAUGACCUGCACUGCCACGGCCUGGCUUGCCUUCCUCUCCCUCUCCCUCCUGCUGUUGUGCGUCAGAGAAUCAUCUUCCCUCUUCCUGCCUGAUUCCAAGGAGCUCCAACAGCUGCUGAGCCGCUACGAGGAGGAGGCAAACCAGAACGGCACCAGCAACACAGCUGGCAAUAGGACCCGAAGAGCCAUCCGCUGGUCGGACCGCGAGGAGAUCAUCCAGCUGCACAACAAACUGAGGGGCGGAGUCUAUCCCACCGCUUCCAACAUGGAGUACAUGGAUUGGGACGAUGAAUUAGAGCGGUCAGCUACACAGUGGGCAGAGCAGUGUCAGUGGGACCAUGGACCUCAGGACCUGCUCAAGUCUAUUGGACAAAACCUGGGGGUUCACUGGGGCAGAUACCGCUCACCCGCCACCCACAUCCAGUCCUGGUACGAUGAGGUGAAAGACUACACGUAUCCCUACCCCCAUGAGUGUAACCCCUGGUGUCCAGAACGCUGCUCCGGCCCCAUGUGCACCCAUUACACCCAGCUGGUCUGGGCAACCACUACCCGAGUGGGCUGUGCUGUCCAUGUGUGUCCACGAAUGAACGUUUGGGGAGAAAUUUGGGAGAACGCUGUUUACCUUGUGUGCAACUACUCCCCAAAAGGCAACUGGAUUGGAGAGGCCCCGUAUCAGCACGGCCGUCCCUGUUCCCAGUGCCCUCCCAGCUAUGGAGGAGGGUGUAAGAAUAACCAGUGCUUCAAAGACUCUCAGCGUUCAGAGACAGAGGACAUGAACGAGGUGGAGAAGCCUCAGGUUCCGGUGUCGCCUCGUACCACCGCCAAACCGACAACAAAACCCAAACCCUCAGCUCCAAAGAAACCAGUGUCCAAGCCCACCACUCCGAAGACCCCCACUCCUAGGGCACCAUCUUCGAAUACUCCCAGCAGCAGCUUUCUGGCUCACAACAUUAAGUGUGAGACUAGAUUGCGGGACAAGUGCAGAGGAGCAACUUGUAACAGGUUUAAAUGUCCUGCUAAUUGCCUGAACAAGAAAGGCAAAGUUUGGGGAACUCUCUUUUAUGAUGUGCAAUCGAGUAUUUGCAGAGCUGCUAUCCAUUUUGGUGUUAUUGACAACAACGGUGGAGUGGUCGACGUCACAAGAAGAGACAAGUUUCCGUUCUUUGUCAAAGCUACCAAAAAUGGCAUUGAGUCUUUAAGCAAAUAUAAACCUGGAAAUGCGUUUGUGGUGGCCAAAGUGGAAGAAAUCACUGCUGACUGCUAUACUACAGUGGCUGAAAUAUGUCCUUUCAAAAAGCCCUUCACACACUGCCCAAGAGUUUUCUGCCCGACUAACUGCAAGACUCAACCUUCGUAUUGGUCGCCUGUGAUUGGGAACAACAUUUAUACAGAUAGCUCCAGUAUUUGUAAAGCAGCAAUCCAUGCAGGGGUGCUCAAGGCAGAUGGAGGCUUGGUGGAUGUUCUGUCACUGGAUAAGAGAAAGAACUACGUUGGUGUCCUGAAAAAUGGCAUCCAGUCUGAAAGCAAAAGCAACACAGAAGGAGGCUCAUUCCGUGUCUUUGCCGUGAGGGAGUGAGGCUCCAGUUCAGAAAACCGAACACCGACAGUCACCUCAGCUGCUGUUCAAUAGCAGGAAGUGCCUACAGGUUGGAUACUGAGGCUAUUCAUCUGUUGGAGGGCCUUCAGAGGACAUACAACCUCCCAGCACAUUGAUAGACACACUCCCCUUUAGUUAACUAACAUUAGCCAUCCAGUGUUCUGAUGGAGCUUUAUGUCUCAGUUUUGAAAACCCAAUAAAGAGAUUUCUUAAACAUUCGUAAUCUGUGAAUAUGAAAUGUUUCAACACAUUAGUAUGCAUUGAACAGCUGGUGCUGGUUCUCUCUCCUGAUAUUUGUUUUACAGAAAGUAUUAUGUUUACAUUAAUGUUCUUAUUGCAAAAUUGGUUUUCAUACAAAGGAAUGUAUACUGAUCACACUGUAUUUAAUCAUUGUGUACAGAUUAUAUGGUGUUUUGCUUGUUUUAAAAAUGGAGUAUCAAAUAUAACAUUUUUAUGAUUAUUCUAUUUUAUUUUACCAGCCCUUCUGCUAACCUAGAUAGUCCAUGUUCUGUUCAGUUUAGACUGUGAAAGCAAGUCUAAGUUGUGUUAAUAGGUUAAAUGGGAGGCUCAUUGUGAAUACACAGAAGUAGAGGAAACAGUGUGAGAAAUGGAAGUGUACAAAGGCAGCAGGCACUGCUGUAGGGAAAAGGAAAUGUUUUUGUGGUGUUGUUCAGUGCCAGACAUGUGGAGAUGAUUUAAUGAAGGUGUUACAUUGCUUUGUUCACAUAAUAGAUGGUGCAGAUGGGCCUUCAGAAUAGCGACAAUAUUGCGGAUGUGUUCAGCGACAAAACAGACAGCUGAAUUGUCAUGUGUUAUUUUCUAUUUAUUAUUUGCUUGAUGCUUUCUUUGUUUCCACAUUUCUGUUUUCUCUGUAACAUACAUUAAAUGGUCAAUUUGUCCCCUCCCCACCUAAGGCAGACGAAUGUGUAACAUGUUAGGUACAGUCAUAGUUUUAGGGUAGACAUACUCUAAGGUGCACAAGGUUAGUUGUAUCUUCAUCAAAUGGCAGUUUUUGCACUUUGGAACAAUUGACUUUAUGCAGAAUAUGCAGAAUACACAUACCUCUAUGUCACUUUAGGUUGAGGCACUUUUGGCAUUGGUACAUAGCCUUUUUUUAGUCAUUUGCUUAAAAAUCACCUAAUUUUAUAGAUAUUUUUUCUCAUUUUUACACAUGUCCUGAUUAAAAUCUCAUAAGAUUUUCUGUAGUGGUACUGUAAUGCACAGAAGUGUCAUUUUGGCAUUAAUAACAUCCCUUACAGAUACAGAUAGAGCUAAUGUAAAGUUCUUUUUUGAACACCUGCACAGCUGAGUUUAGAAAGUUCAGUCCUAAAUUAUAUUAUAUUGAUUAUAUAUUAACCUUCCUGCAAUGUUUUUUCUUUCUUAAAGAACACCUCCCAAAAAAAAAAAAAGGACCCGCUGACUUCAAAAAUCUUUGGCUUCCAGCAUAUUUCAGCUUUAUCGCUCUUUUUCAUUCUACCUCAGUCCUAUCGCUAACGCUAGACAUUAAGGUUUGUUCAGUAUGGGAAUUUUAUAUGGAAAUUGCUAGAGGUUUUGUAAAGUUCUGGAAACUGUAAAUACAAAGAUUUGUGUUUCAUGAAUCGUUCUUUAUUCAGUAAGAUUAAAAAUAAUAUGUGUGAUUUGUCUGGGUUGUAUUUUAUACAGGAUGAGGUAUUUUUUGCACAGUUUUAAAAUAAAUAAAAAAGACUUACAAAUG